AAGGGCCGAGAAGGAGGCAUUAAACAUUAAGCUAAUUUAAUGUUUGUAAUAGUGCGGGUAGCCUAUUUUACAGACAGUUUUGGCCGUUGAUGUGAACAAUGAGCAAGAGGGAUCCCCCUGUUUGUGAGGACCGCAUGAGUUAUGGGUACGGUAACAGAAGGGGCCGAAGGGGAGGUCGGAAGUUUGGAGAUGGUGCCGAAGAAAGGUGGGAUAGAGCUCCAGGCUCCAGCGGUGGCGGCUAUCAGAGGAAUUCCAGAUGGGAAUCAAGAGAGGACCAGGGACGAGGAGGAUGUAGCGGUGGUUCGCGGGGCAAGCACCCACCACACCUGAAAGGCCGAGAAAUAGGACUGUGGUAUGCGAAAUGGGGAGGCAUCAAAAGAUCAGAGCAAGAAAGAAAGUCUAGAGCUGUUGUGCAAAUGGACGAGUCAAGAGAACAGUGCAUCACUCAGCUGCUGAACACAGUUCAAACAGAGCCUACUGAUCCCAACAAAAGUGACAAUGCUUCAGCAUCUCUGAACGGGUGUACUAAGCCAGAGUUUAGUGGUCACUGUUACUUUGACGGGGACAAGCCAUCGGACGAAGCACAGGAAAUUGAGAAAGUGCCAAAGAUGGACCUAAGAGAAGAGUGUGAGGAGAAAGAGAGGAUGGACAACAAAGAUCUGGAAUAUUUGUCCCAGGAAAUUAUCCGAAACACCUCACUGGAUGAAGAAUUGAAGAGGGACCUUCAGAUGAAAAAAGAGAAUUGUCAGUACGUGGAGAUGCUGAAUUUCAGGGAAAAGCUCCCAUCCUAUCACAUGAGACAGGAGCUGGUGAAGCUGAUCCAGGAUAACAAAGUGGUGGUGAUCAGUGGGGAGACUGGCUGUGGAAAGACUACGCAGCUGCCCCAGUUCAUCCUGGAUGACUUCAUAGAGAGUGGCAUGGGCUCUGUAUGUAGGGUGGUAUGCACUCAGCCUCGACGCAUCAGUGCUAUCUCUGUGGCAGAGAGGGUGUCAGCGGAACGAGCUGAAACAGUUGGAGGAGGGAAUUCUUGUGGGUAUCAGAUUCGACUGCAGAGUCGGUUACCACGGAAACAUGGGUCAGUGUUGUACUGUACAACAGGCAUUAUUCUUCAGUGGUUACACUUGGAUCUGCAUCUGUCAAGCAUCAGUCACUUGGUUAUCGAUGAGGUACAUGAGAGGAAUCUACAGUCAGAUGUUCUUCUCAUUAUAGUGAAAGACCUGCUUACAGUCCGUCAUGACCUCAAAAUCAUCCUCAUGAGUGCCACUCUUAAUGCUGAGAAAUUCAGCAAGUAUUUUGAUAACUGUCCAGUGGUUCACAUCCCAGGAUUCACGUACCCAGUCAAAGAGUACCUCCUGGAGGAUGUAGUAGAGAUGCUAAGGUACUGGCCACAGAGCCAAGAGAGACGGCCACGGUGGAAAAGAGGCUUCAUGCACCGCCAGGCUCUCCGCCCAGAGAGAGUGCAGAAAGAGCGGGAAUACCGUGAGAGCUGGCCCUGCUACGUCCGAUCCCUCAGGGACAGGUACUCUGAGAGCACCACUGAUGUUGUGGAGAUGCUGGACUCUGAUGACAAGAUCGACCUGGAGCUCAUUGUAGCACUGAUUCACCACAUCGUCAUGAAUGAGGAGGACGGAGCCAUUCUAGUCUUCCUGCCAGGCUGGGACAACAUUAGUAGUCUGCAUGAUCUACUUAUGGCCCGACAAAUGUUCAAGUCAGAUAAAUUCAUCAUCAUUCCGCUGCACUCUCUGAUGCCCACAGUCACUCAGACCCAGGUGUUCAGAAGGCCGCCCCCUGGAGUUCACAAAAUUGUAAUUGCAACCAACAUUGCAGAAACAAGCAUCACUAUAGAUGAUGUGGUGUAUGUGAUUGAUGGGGGGAAGAUCAAGGAGACCCAUUUUGACACUCAAAAUAACAUCAGCACCAUGACGACAGAGUGGGUGAGCCAGGCCAACGCUAAACAGAGGAAGGGGCGUGCGGGCAGGCUCUCUCCUGGGAAAUGCUACCACCUGUAUAAUGGGUUGCGGGCCAGUUUGCUGGAUAACUAUCAGCUCCCAGAGAUCCAGCGCACAGCAUUGGAGGAGCUCUGCCUGCAGAUUAAGAUCCUGAAACUGGGCUCCAUCUCUUUGUUCCUGCGGAAAGCUCUUGACCCUCCAUCAGACAAAGCUGUCGAGCUGGCCAUCAGUCACCUCAUGGAUCUGAACGCCUUGGACCGGAGUGAAGAGCUGACACCCCUUGGUUUCCACCUGGCUCGUAUACCUGUUGAGCCACAUAUAGGGAAGAUGAUUAUGUUUGGAGCAUUGCUGAGCUGCCUGGACCCUGUGCUUACCAUUGCUGCCAGCCUUAGUUUCAAGGAUCCAUUCUUCAUACCACUGGGAAAGGAGAAACUAGCAGAUCAGCGUAGAAAAAUACUGUCCAAAAACUCCAGGAGUGAUCAUCUGACUGUAGUUAAUGCAUUUUGGGCGUGGGAAGAUGCAAAAAGGCGGGGCUGUAGGUGUGAGCGCGAGUACUGCUGGGAUAACUUCCUGUCUGCUAACACACUUGAGAUGCUCCAUAAUAUGAAACGCCAGUUCGGAGAGCACCUGUUUGCAGCCGGCUUUGUCAGCAGUCAGAACCCAAAGGAUCCCAGCUCAAACAUAAACUCAGAGAAUGAAAAGCUCAUAAAAGCAGUCAUUGUAGCUGGCCUUUAUCCUAAAGUAGCCAAGAUCCACCCCAGCAAUCCCAAGAAGAGACCCAGGCAGGUUAAGGUGUACACUAAAGCAGAUGGGAAAGUGUGUAUCCACCCAAAGUCGGUAAAUGCAGAGGAGACCCAUUUUCACUACACCUGGCUAGUCUAUCACCUGAAGAUGAAGACCAGCAGUAUAUUCCUAUAUGACUGCACGGAGGUUUCUCCAUUCUCCCUGCUCUUCUUUGGAGGGGAGAUCUCUAUCCAGAAGGACCAGGAUCAGGAGACCAUUGCUGUGGAUGAGUGGAUUGUCUUCCAGUCUCCUGCCCGCAUUGCCCACCUAGUCAAAAACCUUAGAAAAGAGCUGGACAUACUCUUGGAGGAGAAGAUUAAGAGGCCCAAGCCAGUGGACUGGAGUGACCGUGCCUCCAAAGACUGUGCAGUCAUUUCUGCGAUCAUUGACCUCAUCACUACACAGGAGAGUGAUGGUACCAGGAAGGCCAGUCAGCACUGGGACCUUUAGACCCUAAUGAGAUUCCCUCAGCAAAAAUAUCGUAUGCUUCUGGGGUUUAUGUCUACAGAGAAUUGGUUUUGGUCAUCCCCGCCUUUCUUUGGGAACCUCCAAGAAUUCGAUGUUUGUUGUAACUUUUUUGGUCGAUGACAUCAAACCUUUAAAUGCCGAAGCAAUUUGAGAAGUAUGUUAGUAGUCUGGUUCAAGAGGUAUGAAUUAGGCAGAGGAACCCUGCUGUUUAGUUGUCUUUAGUUUCUAACCGAAUCACAAAGAAGUCCGCAAGAACUGCAGUUCCUUUACAUGUAAGACUAUCUUCAAAAACUGGCCUGUACAGACAGUGUAUGAUAUACUUAAGACAAUCUUAUCCAAAGCUGUAAACGCAGAAUGUCUCUCUGUCUUACCUAUUUUAACCGGACCAGUUAUAUAUGACCAGGUUUCAGUUCUUCCACAAAUGACUUUUUUGGUCCUUGAAGAUAUAAAUUGUUGCUAAUGACCCUAAGUCAUAUUGUUAUUUGAAAUUUGAAAUUUUUCAGUUAUUUUACAAUUGCUUCAUUUUUGGU